GGGAGCAGGACGCUAACUGUAGUUGUCGUUUGACAGUUGUGUUGUUUUGGUGCUGCGGUGAGUCGCUUUAGCCACGGAAUGAAUCAAAAUUGCACAUCUAUGGCUGUAUUCGUCUUUUAACAAGAAGAACUCGUCUUUGUUUCUUCUGAAGUCUCCGUGAGAAACGCCACAUUUCAGUAACUUUGGCGGAUGUUGAAAGUUCCUGGCUGAGGUAUGAGCUACCUUUUGCUAAACUUGGAUGCUUUUUGAGGAACUGCUUCGCGAUUUACGAGCGGCACCAGCUCCCUGCAGUGAUGUCCUCCACGUGGUUGGUGGCGUGGCCCCUGCAGUUCUCCAACAGCACCAACGACACGACCAGCUGCUACAACGCCAAGCAGAACACGGUGCUGAGCGGCGUAAAGUUCGGCGGAGUUCCCAUCGUUCUGCUGCUCAAUUUCAUUGUCUUCUUGGUGCUGCUGUUCCUCUUCUCCAUCAUCAGAAAGAAGUUCUGGGACUAUGGACGUCUCGCGCUGGUCGCUGACAAUGAGUUUGGAGAGUCAUCGCACCGAAAAUAUGGACGGAUGACGUCUUGCAUGUCGAAUACAGAUGAUCAGGAGUAUGAAAUGGGGUUCUUCUCCUGGCUGCCGUACAUUCUGCGCAUGGACACGGAAAAAAUCAAGUCGAAAUGUGGCCAGGAUUCAGGAUUCUACCUGGCCUUCCAGCGUCACCUCAUCGCCCUGCUGGCCGUCAUGACUGUGACUUCCAUCGGCAUCAUUCUGCCUGUCAACCUGACAGGAGACCUGCUCGGUAAUGAGCCACAAAACUUUGGCAGGACAACCCUGGGGAAUCUUCAAAAGGGAAACCCUCUGCUUUGGCUGCACACUGUGUUCGCUGUUCUCUACUUGGUCCUGACUGUGAUUCUGCUGCGGCGCCACACCUCUAAAAUGAAAGGAAUGCACAGAGACAUGAACAGAAAGACCCUGUUUGUGUGUUCCGUUCCGAAAACUGCAACAGCGGAGGAUGUGAAGACGCAUUUUACAGAGGCGUAUCCCACCUGUCAGGUGUCCAGCGUCAAUGUUGGCUAUGAUGCGGCCAAGCUCAUUGACCUCGACAAGCAACGAUUAAGAGCAGGAAAAAACCUGCGUUACUAUGAGCGCAUCCUGCAGAAGGAAGGGCGGCGUGAAAUGAUCACCCCUCGAAUGUGCGGCCAUCUUUGCUGCUGUGCCAGCUGUCAGAAGGUAGAUGCCAUCGAGUACUACUCCGCCAAGGAGAAGAUCCUGCUGGAGGAGGUGAGACAGCAGGUGGAGGAGGUGCCGAAGCAUCCCCUGGGAAUUGCGUUUGUCACCCUCCAGACCGAGGCAAUGGCCCAGUUCAUCCUGAAAGACUUCAACGCGCUGGACUGUGGGAGCAGAAGCUGCUGCUGGGGAAGAGAACCCCAACCUUCAUCCUGCAGCUCCAACCUCAAGGUGAAGAAGUGGACGGUCAGCUACGCUCCCCAUCCCAAGAAUGUCUACUGGGAGAAUCUGUCGGUGCGAGGGUUCAAGUGGUUCAUUCGCUGGGCGACCCUCAACUUCUUCCUCUUCUUCCUGCUCACCUUCCUCACCACACCCACCAUCAUCAUCAACACCAUGGACAAGUUCAACGUCACCAGGCCGAUCAAAUAUCUCAACAAUCCCAUCAUCAGUCAGUUCUUCCCCACUCUGCUUCUGUGGUCCUUCUCUGCGCUGCUGCCCACCAUUGUCUACUAUUCCACUCUGGGGGAGGCGCACUGGAGCAGGUCAGGCGAGCAGCUGAGUAUGAUGCGUAAACUUUACUUCUUCCUGCUCUUCAUGGUGCUCAUCCUGCCAUCACUGGGACUCACUAGUCUUGCCGUUUUCUUCCGCUGGUUGUUUGAUAAGGAAUUCUUGUUGUCGGGGAAGCUGCGGUUUGAAUGUGUCUUCCUACCCGACCAGGGAGCGUUUUUUGUCAACUAUGUGAUUGCGGCCGGCCUGGUGGGCUCUGGGAUGGAUCUGCUGCGGUUGCCAGGGUUACUCCUCUACAUCAUCCGUCUGGCUGUGGCUCACUCGGCCGCUGAGAGGAAAUAUGUCAAACAGAACCAGGCGUAUGAGUUUGAGUACGGCGCCAUGUACGGGUGGAACCUCUGCGUGUUUACUGUCAUCAUGGCAUACAGCGUCAUCUGCCCCAUCAUUGUUCCUUUUGGUCUCUUGUACAUGCUGCUGAAGCACCUGGUGGACAAACACAACCUGUACUUUGCCUACCUGCCGGCACGACUCGACCAUCGGGUCCAUCUGGGAGCUGUCAAUCAAGCUCUGUCGGCACCAAUCAUCUGUCUGAUCUGGCUGUACUUCUUCUCUGUGUUGCGGACAGGUUUCUGGGCUCCCACCUCUCUGUUCACUCUGGUCAUCCUCACCAUGACCGUGCUCAUCUGCAUCAGCUACACCUGCUUUGGUCACUUCAAGUACCUCAGUCCACACAACUACGACGUGACGGAGAAGGACGACGAACCGGUGGAGGAUGAAAACACCAUGGUCUACCUCCCCCGAGUGCUGAACCCCAGGUCUCCCGCCAGCUCAUCCCCAGAUCUGCUGCACUCUUACGGCUCUGACAGCUGCAGUCCGGUGUCCAGCUCCAGCCCUAUGGAGGACAGGAUGUCGGAAAGCUGAUGCAGCAUUUUAACACCGGUUCAAGGUUUUAACAACCAGCUUUCGAUCUGCUUUUAGUUACUGCAGCCGCAUAGAAUUCACUUCCACUGUACACCCUUCCAGCUGAGUCGGUCUCUGUGGAAAAUCUCUCCUCAGGCGACUUCCUGGAAUUUGAACCGAAAUAUAAUUUUAUUGAAUUAUGUUGCUAUGGCAACACAUCCAGACGAAACCUUAUGUUACUCAGCACUUUUUUAUGAACCGUUGCUUGUUGUGUAUAAGCAAUGACAAACCAAGUGGACAUCAGCUCUCGACACCAGAGCGCCACCAUGUGCCUUUCCCAAGCCAUGCCAAGGGAAUUUUACUAAAUAUUGAUACCAGUGUUUGGGUUUUAAUCAAGGUCUGCUGUUUACUUUUUUUUUUAACAAAAAAUGCUGUGUGAAGCAAGUCUUGAAUUAUUUGCCAUAUAGAAAUGUUUGCUAUUAUUUUAUUAAUGCAAGAACUGUACUGAACUUAUGGCUUAAACUUAAUUCCAAUAUUACCGUGCAUGUACCGUAUUUUUGGACAAUAAGUCACUUGAAAGUAGCACUAGUCAAAAACGCACCAUGAAGGAGAAAAUACGUGUAUAAGUCGUAUAGAUUCAUCCCUGCUGACUUGAACAGUGACGUGUAACGGUAUAAAGCCAAGAUGACAGUCAUAAUACCAGCUUUCAAUCUGCUGUCACCUGGUCAGCUGUACACGGGAGCUUCAGUUCCUGUUCCUGUCAUUUUGUUAUGAUGCUUCUCACUGGAUUUUCCAUUUAUAAACACCCAAAACCACCUAAUGUUCAUUUCUAUAUGUGUUGCAUUCUCUUGUUGACUCACAUUUAUUGCAAUCCUAUUGGUUGCUUGUCUGCCAUUUCUAAAUCAGCUUGCGUGCUGUGAGAGAGGAACAGUAGAGGAAACAUGGUAGCCGUUUUCACGGUUCUUUAUAUUUAAAAUGGAUUUUGUACUCAUCCACAUUAGGAAUGCAACACUCUACUAACACAAAAAUACUAAAUUUAAGGUGAGUUUAAUAUUUCUGAGGAGACAUUUGAAGGUUUUUGAUGGUACAGUUGUAUUUGAAAACUACAAAAAAAAAACUAGUGCUUUGGUUAAAAUCUGCAAUCCAAAAAAUGUAUUGACUUGAAACUGCUGAGUGCUGGUUUUAUGUAUUAAUUUGUGACAUGAUAAUAAUUCUUGCGUUUUUGUACUUUUUACGUUCAAAUGUAUUAGAUGUUUUGUCGCAAGGGGGCAGUGUUGCGCUGCGGCGACUCAGGCGGACACCUAUUGAACUCAACAUAAAGCCAUUGUGGGAGAAACUGCAUGGUUUUUGUGGCGGAUUUCUAACAUAUUCUGACAUUAAGUCUGUAUAGAAGUAGCAUGAAGAGGCGGGGGACCUCAAGCCCCACCUCCUCACCUGAUUUCUCCCCAUUGUCACCCUCUCUGCCCCAGUUUCCUCUUGCCUCCUUGUCCCUCCUGCCCUUUUAGCCUUUCUCACCACGGUACCUGCCUCAGCUGAGUGGGCCCUCUGCGCUCCUUUAAAAAGUCUUCCUCCGAAGGGGGAGCGCAGUGAUUAGCACCGUUGUUAAAUACGGGCAAUGAAGUGCUAAGCUAACAACAGAACUAUCUGGAGAGGACAAAGAAGGGUUUGGGCUGGUGGGCAAGGAUCAGUGUGUCUGAAUGGGAGCCCCACAAUGGCUGCUGCACAACAAAGUUGCCGAGCAAAAGAGAUAUCGCCGACAAAACACAUCAUCACUUCAAUUCCCAGAAGAGGGAGAGAUUCUCUUCAGUGAUACUCCCCUCCGGGACCCGAGCCUGGACCACCAACAGAAAGUUUGCUUUGUUUGCCACUAUAUGUUUAUGCAAGUUAUGCUUGAAGGGACACAUUACACCGUAUGAUCACAGGAAGUACUGGCCAAGGAGGAACAUACACAACAUGUACUGUACCACCAUCUGCCAUCUAGGUCACUUGAAAUAAGCUUUUGAAGUGGUCCACCUUACAUUCCCAAAUGGUUGCUCCUCAGUUCUUUUAAUUGGCUUUAUAAAUUGUGCCAGUGCAGUGCCACUAGAUGGGCUGAAAUUGUACAAGCUGCAGUUUAACUGUCAGUUACUUUUCCAUAUUUUAUUCUAUACUUGUUGACUUGAUCAGUAUCGUCCUGUGUGUGUGUGUGUGUGUGAACAACAGUGUUCUGAGUCAAUGAUCCCCAGGACACGGACUCGGAAUAUCGGCCAAAAUAGUUCACACAAACACUCGCAGCGAGGGUCCGACGUAGAAAGUCCUGGAGACGGAUGUGAGAGCGGUCAUAUGGGGCAGGCGCAGUCAUAACUCUGAGGGUGCGUGGAGCAGGUUUGAUAUCAGACACCUGAACUGAAGUCUGCACUGUAUGUGAAUUGUUUUUUUUUUCCCUCUUGGCUGGACAGAGGAGUAUAAAUGUGGAGGAUGUUAAAGACAGUCGAGCCUGGGAAGCUUCCUUUGGUGUCUUCAGUGUGAUCCAAAACUUACACAGCAGACUCUGACCCCCAGGCUGAAAUCUCUGGCUAGCUUUCGCCCCGCGUGAUUCAGAACCACCAAACUGCUUUGAAAUUUAGAUCCUAAAAUUGGUCCCGGCGCUUGCUGAUCCAGCGGCUAUUAGCCCGGCCCAGUCGGAUCCACACUUGCUGGGAAGAAGUACUGACUCAAUUACACCAAACCCCUUGUGAUGAUGGUAGUCUCUCUUCUGAGCCUGCUGU